UAGAUAUUUGGCCUAAUGUCAUUGUGUACAGUGAAUCUCAGUUCUUCACAUAGUAGUUCACCCCCUGUUCAAUUUCACAAUGUUCUCGAUUGGGAACUACCGGGAUGCAACCUAUCUAUACCUUUAUUCCCAUUCUAGAAACUCUCGGGAGCAAACACAUGUUCAGACUAUGGAGCAUCCACUUCGGCCCAGGAUAGUUGUUCUGCAGGUGGAGGAUGAACCCCCGGAUCCAACGUCAGUGAUAACACCUUCGUCGUCGAUAGCGGAUGGGUAUUAUCGCGAACCGCGCGCACGCCGCCGCCCGCUCAGACGCAACACUCUCGUCAGGCAUCCAAUCGCGCGCGCCAGCAUAAUCAGUUGCUCCCUCGCACACGUUGUAUGUACCUACUUAUACUUAGUACAUGGCGGUUUUAUGGUGAAGCUGAGCACCGCGUCACCGCGCGCCGUCGAGUCAAUCCAUCAUUAUCGUCGUCUUGGUCGUUGUUGGUGUCAUCACAGCCUGCCAUCGACGUCGCCGUCGUCGUGCUCUGCUCCUGUUCUGGCCACCAUCCAUCCACCACUGGCUGGGCGAGUAAAGCAUUAUAAAAAGGCACCUGUCGCAGCCUGGCCAGAUUUAGUCCGUCGGGAACGAUUGUUGGGGGUGGAUGAGAACUGAAACGAAAAUCAACCGAAAGUCGAAUCAGCGGAACUGAUUGGUCAAUUGGCGAUUGGGAUUCGAUUGUGGUCAAAUCAAAGUGAGAGAUACGCGCGAAAAAAGCUUAUAUUUUGGUGGAAUCGAGUGCGAGUGAUAAGGCGAUAAGAGCCCCAAUAGAGCGGUUAUUUUUAAUCCUUGGAAAUCUAACAAUGGCAUUCAAUUGGCUAAUCGGCUUAACUGCUAUCUUCGUAGCAUCACUUCUUCCUUGUACAUCCCGAGCGGACGAAUGGCACUACCCGACAGCUGCCCCAAAUGGCGUCGUUAACGAACCGGAACAUUGGGGUGGAGAGUGUGACACCGGCCGGCGCCAAUCACCAAUCGAUCUUACGUAUCAGGCCGCCGUCAAGGGAGAUUUCACGCCUUUUUUGUUCAGCAACUACAUGAAUCCAAUUCGAAAUGCUAAGCUGACAAACACGGGACACUCCAUUCAAAUCGACAACACUGAUUCCUCGGUAACCCUGUACGGUGGCGGUCUUCCCGGCAAGUUCGUCCUCGACCAGAUGCACUUCCACUGGGGCUCGGAGCAUACCAUCGAUGGCGUUCGCUACGGCCUUGAACUACAUCUGGUCCAUCACGACUCACGCUAUGGCUCGCUCACGGAAGCGGCUGCCGUCAAGAACGCUGUGGCCGUCGUUGGCGUUUUGUUCCACGUCUCCAAUCAAGAAAACACCCACCUGGAUGUGCUGCUCGAAACAUCCAAUGACAUCCGUAACGAGGCCGGCAAGAGCGCCACCCUCAAGGGUAAACUCUCCCCGUACAAUCUGCUGCCCAAGAACCGCACAUCCUACUUCCGGUAUGAGGGAUCGCUUACCACGCCGACCUGCGCUGAAUCCGUCAUCUGGACCGUGUUCACCGAGAGCUUGCCGGUUUCGUUGGAUCAGGUCGAACUGUUCAAAACGAUCCACGAUGAUGCCGGACACGAACUGGUCAACAACUACCGAUCGCUGCAGCCCCUGAAUGCCCGCGCCUUAGUCUACACCACCGAACUGGACCUUGGAAGUGGCAGCGCAUCGAAGGUGAUUUCGUUUACUUUGGUCGUUGCAGCAGUCGCAGCUUUGCUGGCGAUGUAAAUUCGAUCGUUGAUGUGGGAUGGACGCGCCACUCAGGAGAGGCGGCAAUAGUCAGUGUGGAAUAGAGGUGCUUAGUGAAUUGAACUUACGGGUCAUACGGUGAAUGUCCCGGAAGGAGUUUGUGAUAGUUUUGUGUUCUGAUCGGUAGCAUAGCUACGUGGAGGAUUAGAGUGUGAAAAGCAAUUCGGUUGUGCUUUCAUAGUAGAUGUUUGUUAGUGAUUAGUUUUGUUACAUUUAGCUUAUAAGCCAUUUCCCAAGGAUCAACAAUAGCUUAUAAGUACAACAUGAUGACAUGAUGAAAAUUAUAGUAUAUUAUUAUAAUUAUUCAUAAUCAUAGAGAUUUUAAUAUUUGUUAAUAAUUGAAAUAAAUUCAAUGUGAUUGAACAGAUAA